CACCAGCAUGUAUGAAAGGCAAGGACGACUAUUGCUGAAAAGCAGGGACUUGAAACAGUGUCAAAAAUCCAAGCUGGCACAUUUCUGGACCCAUUCUGUAGUUUUAACUGGAGACACGUCAGUGCAAUCAGAGGUGCGCUGUGUUCAGGUCUACGGGUCUGCCGUUAUGGAAGAAGUAAACUGCACCGAAACAAUAUCCAUAGCAACGUGGUCUAAGACCGCAGGCCAGGUAAAAACGCAAACUGAGUCUACUCUGCUUCUGCUUAGAGCCCAACCAGGCACAGUUUCCAGAACAGGUUCUUUAGAUACUGGAACACAAACUGGCCUGCAGUUUGAGGACGAAGGACCUGCUAGACCUGGAAAAGUGUUUGCUACACCAGACCUUGCUAGACAAACUAUCAGGAAGUUGUGUAGCCUCACAUUACAUCUUAAAGAGGUGUCGCAGCAGUUCCUUCACUUGGCUUUCCAGCUUCGAGAGCUGACUCUCUCGCAGCUUAAGACACUUUGGAUGGAGGCUUCUUUCAAGUGCCGCAAUGACUGGCAGCCCUUGUUGGACGCAUUACCUGCUUGCGGAUCAGAAAACUGCAUCAUGCUACUGACUGACCUAAUGAAGGAGAAAGAACUGGACAAAGAGCAAGCUUAUUCUUUCCUUACCACCAUCGCCCUCAUCCCUAAUCCAUCGCCACAGAUCAUACACUCUAUCAAUACUUUAUUGGACAUCCAAGAGGUGCGGCCUAAGGCUCUGUUGGCUGGAUCCUCUCUUGUCCAUCAACUAUGCCAGCAGUCCCCUACUCCCUGCAAUGACCUUCCUGAGAUACAAACCUUCAUUCAGACACUAGAAGUGGCCUUGAAGGAAGGCUGUGAAGUGCGAAGUGUCACCCAAAUAACUGAGCUUGUUUAUGCACUGAAGUCUGUGGGUAACAUCGGCCUGACUGCUCCAAACUUCAUCCCUCUGUUAAAUCGCUGUGUGCUCAGCCACUCAGCCCCUUUGGAGCUGAGACUGGCUGCCAUUAAAGCCUUCAGACGCUUUGGCUGCUCAGUUAACAAGUCUGUGCUUUUGCAGCUGUACCGCUUCUCCCUGGAGGAUCCAGAGGUCAGAAUCGCCGCAUACCAGCAACUCAUGUGCUGCCCGGACCCCAACGUGUUGGAGGUGGUGAAGGUGACGCUGAGAAACGAAACCUCCAGCCAAGUGGGCUCAUUUGUGUGGAGUCAUUUGACUAAUAUCCUAUGGAGCGAAGACCCCAUGAAACAGACACUGAUUGAUUCACUGCCUGACGACAUAAUCAGCAAACAUUUUGAAGCAGAGUUUUUGAAAUACUCUUCAUAUUCAGACUACACUGUCAUACGUGGCAUGGGAAUGACAAAUGUAGAAACAUCUGUCAUUUUUUCUCCAAAAUCCUUCCUUCCGAGAUCUGUCACUACCAACCUGACGGUCUAUUUCCAUGGUAGAGCCAGCAACCUUCUGGAGGUGGACUUUCGAAUUGAGAAUGCUGAACCACUUCUGAAGAGCGUUUUUAGUCAGCUGAGUCCCAGCUAUGUCAGAGACCACACUGCUCCCCAACAAAAACAUGUGGUUCCCAAAGAAGCAAGGAGGACCAGAAGGAACACAAAUGAAGGCAGCGGAGGAGUGGAAGACGAGUGUUUAUCCAGCUCCAACAGUUACCUAAAGCGGGCCAGGGCGUUGGUGAGAUCACGGAAAAGGUUGUUUGCAAGGAAACAUAUGGAAGAGGAGGGCCUGAAGUGUGGAGUUGGUGUGAAAGUGUUCGGCAAUGAGAUCACUGUUUUUACCUGUGAUGAUCUCGCCACUCAUGUCAACCAAAUGUCGCUGAGCGCAGCAGGACUGGCUGUCAAACUGCUCAAGGGUCAUGAGGUUCAGUUGAACCACAGGGCUGUGCUCUUGACUGAGGAGCUGGUGCUGCCAUCUUUGUCUGGUUUACCUGUCAAAGUAGGCAUCAACAUGACCUCCAUUCUUUCACUGCGGCUGAAGGGAAACGUAAACUACAGGGAAGUCUCUCACUUCUCCCUCGCCGGCUACAUUAAACCCAAUGCCUAUGUGGGCCUAUCAGCAAAGAUGGGCGUUGACGGCGCUCUGGGUCACGCUGCACUGGACUGGAUAACUGAGCUGUGGAGCACCACGAGCCUGGAUGGGAGUAUCCAGCUGCAGGAGGGGCAAGAUCUCAGGGUCACACUUAACACUCCAGAGGAGGCCAUGUACAUCCUCUCUCUUAGCUCCCGAGUAUUUCAACUCAGCGGCGACCACAGAGAAGAGGUUAAAGGACCAAAGAGUCGCGUCCAGCAGACCACUUGCACACCAAAGACCUGGUCAAAGAUGGUUGGCUGGCAGCUAUGCUCCAAUGCUUCCUACCCCCUAACUACUGGGGGCAUCUCCCUACUGCCCUGUGGUCCCAACCACCUGUCCCUCAGGCUGCUGAAGCUGGACAGAGGUCUCCAUUACUACUUGCUUGAGGCCGCCUUCUCAAUGCUUCCAAUGAUUCAGGAAGACACCUGGCUUCCCAGAGAGGCAUCCAUCCACCUACUCCUGGCUACCCCAAAGUCAUCUAUCCCCAGGGACAUGUCGCUUGACCUUGCCUUUAAUCCUCGCAGAUUCCUAGUCAGGGUAUCUCAUCCACUGAAAAGUAUCCUCAUGCAAGGCCAAUUUGAACAAGAGAGGAGUUUAAAGACUGCAAAACUCGAGCUGAUAAUUGAUGGCGUUCAUUAUUAUAUGAUGGGCUUGGUGGACAAGCAGACUGUCAUGUCAGAACUGAGGACACGCUAUCACUGUGAAGCCAAAACGGCAGCCAAUGGAAAUCCCAUGAUCCUCUCUGCCAAUGUUACCCAUGGACUGGGCAGGAAGAUGAGCCUUUCGGCCGCAGUGAGGAAUGUGUUCAGGGAACCUGCAUCACUCUCAGUGGUCUUGGAGCGCAGGAGGGACAUCCACAGCAAGCAGUACUCUUUGGAGGCGGAGCUUCUGCUACCUAGUGUGGUCGGCAGCAGGAUGCUCGGGCUAGCGGAGCACAAAGGAGCACGGUGGAGUUCUGCUUUUCGCCUCAAAUAUGGUCUGGGAGGUGAUGCCCGGCAUCUGCGUCAAGAGUGCCACACGUCUCAGAGUGUGAGGAGAGAGAGGAACACUAACCUCACCUACACAAUGCGAGCUGAUCAUGAGUUCUACUGUUCCCACACGCCUCAUAUCAACCACAAAGUCCACCUCAGACACGAGGAAAGCCCCAUCCAUGUUAGAUCUUCUGUGGACAUGAGCUACGGCAAACAUUGGGACGAGAUGAACAACAAACGCACGCUCUUCCUAAGCCAGUUCUUCAAAAACCAGUCGACACACAAUCACACCAGCUACACACUGGAGUUCAAUCUCCAUGUUCCAGAGAAAGAUUUAAACUAUCGCACCCAGCUGUUGCACUCUUACCUGGGACAGCUUGGGACAGAGAGCAGCACUCACAUCAAAAUCAAUUACAACAACCUAACGCCGCUGGUGGCCGGCAUACACUGGAGAAGCCCCCCAAAUGACACCCCACAGAAGAAAUGGGAAGGCACAUUCAGUGUGGACACUCCUUGGCUCUACUUCUACACUUACCACAAGCUGAGUCAGCACCGGCGCCACACCCUACAGCUCAUUUCUCAAGUGACAGCCAGCAAAUGGGUGACCAUCCGCAACCUCAUCCUGGAGGCGUCCUACAAGGACAGGGGCCGUGAAAAGGAGGCUGGUCUCAAGCUCCAUACUCCAGCUGUCACAUUGUUCCAAGCAGAAGGGCGAGGAACGGUUGCAAAGCGAAACAUGAAAGCCUUUUGCUCGCUCAGCUCACUCUGGACUGCUCCUCUAAGAGGAGACAUCUCCCUGGAGAGCUUGAAACCCAGCCUUACCCUGCAGAUGUCCUCCAGCUAUGGCAAACACAACGUCAGCCUGGUCGCCGCCCUGAACACAGUUGACAAGAUUUUGAAGAAGAGACAAGUGAUUAUAAAGGUGACCUUGUGGGAGCCAAAGAGGGGCCCCAUGGAGUUUGAGUUGGAAGGAACAUUGGAGGAACUGAAGAAGGACAAGAAGAUGUACCAACGAACAGCAUUGCUCCAUCUUAGACAGCCUUUCCAGACUUUUCCUCAAAGGCUUCUCCUGAUGGAGACUUUCACUGUGGAUCUCCUGAAAGGACUUUACAUGCUGGAGUCGAGAGCUGGUUUUCAUAGCAACAAAGAGCUCAUUCACACUCUCACCAUUGGAUAUAGACCACCAAACUCGUUUGUUUGCGCUGCACUGAUUCAUCCCUUCAACACAGAAGCUUUCCCAUCAGACUCUGAGAUCUGUGUUGCCACCUUCAACAAUCAAACAGUGAAAAACAUUUUUGGAAAGUUAAAGGUUGGCAGCAAAGAGAAGAUGAGUUUCUUUGGACAAGUUUUAUUAAAUACUUGGCAUACAAGUAAGCAAGUGAUAAAAGUUCGAGCCAACAUCACCAGCCAGCUCCAGCUACCAUUCCCCUCAUUUGCUUUAGUGGAAGGUGAUAUACAUUGGAUCCCCCAAAACAACCCACACUUUGAUUAUCUCGUCCGAGGGAGAAUGAAAAUUGAACGACGAGAGUGUCUGAUUUCAAUGCGGUUCAACAGAACUUCAGACAGUAUUCUUCUCCAUUCAUCUCUCAAGCAUCCUUUCAAAUCGAAGAUUCCCAAAAUUGUAGAGGCAAAAGCGACUGCUGAGAUGUCUACUGUGUCUGGCAGAGGAAGUAGCUCAGUUCGUGUUACGGCUGAUGGGAAAGACAGGCUGAUGUUAGUUACCCAGAUGUCCCAUUCUUUCCUGCCGGGAGACAGAGCCAUUGCACUGACGCUAAACUUGUCUCAGAGUUUGCUACAUGGGCUCAAUGACUUUCAAAUAAGAAUGUCUGCCAACAUGUCCUCACACAGUGUGUCGCUACAUGGUUCCUAUACACAGGGACGCAAAGCUCUCUUGGCCCAACUAAUGGGCUCUCUUAAAAACACUAGUGGACUUCAGCUUGCUCUGUCAGGGGACCUGAGGCAUUCAAUCACCAACUUUGCUAUUCUGCCCUCCACUCUGGGAUUAGAUGGAGUAUUAGGAGUGUCUGACACUCUUACCGAAGGACAACUCAGAAUUAGAGUCAAGGAUGAUUUUUACAGCAUGGAUCUGAGGCAUCAAGAAGAUGCGGGGGAACCUACUAGCGUGUAUGUCACCCAAAGCUGGAUGUGUGUUCUGUCGGGGGUGGAGAAUGUUUGUGUGAAUUUCAGUCGGCAGUUGGAGACUAGAGGGGCGGGGGAGGUCAACAUCCAGCUAUCUCAUUCCUCCCAACUACUCAAUGCCACAGGUCUGUCUACAAGUUGUAGUGCUCGAGUGAAUUGGGACCAGGAUGCAUGUCAAUUGUCAGCUCUUGCAGAACUGCAGGCUGGACUUGAAGGUUUAAAAGCUGAGUUUAAAGGCGGCAAGACAAACCAGCUCGUCCCACGUUGGGAGAUGAUCUCCACACUGCAACACAAAGUCAAAACGCUGCACAAAAGAAGCAUAUCAAGCUACAUGCAAGCCAAAGCGCAUUAUGAGAGAGAUACCAUCAGGCUGAACACAGGCCUGGUCUUUCACGUGGAAGACAAGAAACUGAUUGACACACUUUUAUCGGUUGGGGCAAACAAUAACACAGCUGCAUUCACAGCUUCUCUAUGGCAACAGAUAAAGUCUCUGCAGGGGAUCUUACCUUCCUCACUACAGAUGAACUGCACAGGGCGCACCGCUGCGCAGCGUCUCUCUGCACAGUGCUAUGGAGAUGUGGCAGGUCACCCUGUGGAGAGCCUCCUACCUUCACAAACUUCAAUGAACAUCUCCAUCAACCAUUCUGGAUGCUGUACAGAUCUCAGUGCUGAUCUCCUAGCUGAUGAGAAACACAAAGUCAGCAUUGCAUGGUGUCAUACCGGCCAACAGAGCCUUAGUCUGACCGCAUCGGUCAAGCACACUAUUGAGGCAAUAGAAGCCCUGGGACUUCCUUCCAAUGGAGUAUUGGCACUGAAUGUCUCAGCUGCACCCCUGCCCGUGGUAAUGGUUACCCUGGAGAUCGGAAACUGUCAGUUCAGUGGUCAUCUGGACAAGGCACAAUCUUCGGAAGCAGAAGUGAAACAACUUUCUUACAACGUAAACGUGACCAGCUACUGUCCUUUCUUACAGGAAACAAUCCUUCCAGUGACUCUGGUUCUGAACGGGUCAUUUUUAGGGGUCCCGUGUGGGCGUAUGAUCACCUCUUUUCUAAGGACCGACAACCAGGACCUCUCUUUGGAGCUUGGACAGUCUUGCACCUCUCCACAUCUGUCUGGAACCCUUACACACACUUUCUCCAGUCUUAGACGCAAAGGAAUUCCUCAGACAAUAAUUGUAAAGGCAACUGCUCCUGGAGGCGCUGAACAGAAUGAAGUUCUGUUCAUAAAAGUGGGGACAUGUCUUAUUAGAUUUGUUGAAGACAAAGUCAGGGCAGGCCGGUUCUGGGCUCUGCAGUCUAAUUGCCCAUCAUUGCAGGCCAACUUCAAUGGAUCAGUGUGGCAGGAGAGUCAGAGUAAAUGGGCUGCCAUGUUGGUUGCAGGUCUGGAGGAUAGAAGGACUUUCCUUCGGCUGGAUGCUCAGGGCUGGCCGGAGUUAAGUUUAGAAGGUGAGCUCAGGCACAACCUCCCUGCUCUCAGACAUAUCCCUGAACACAGCAGGGUGAUUUUAACAAGCAAAGUUGGUGAAGAACAACAUGACACAGAGGCCCUCGUUUUACUGAAUGGGUGUGCUAUGAGAGCCAGGGGAACUGUGAUGUCACAUUCUGGCCUGCAGGGGGCACUUGAGUAUCACAGCAACUGUAGCAUGGCACAGGAGUGGGGUAGUCCAGAUAGGAUGCAGGCCAAUGGCUCCAUAUUUGUCUCCUCAACUAUUGCUGAAUCUCAAGUCUCCAUGGCGAUUGACAAUGCAGAGUUGCAUUCAUUGGUUGCUCUGAAGAAAAAUAAGGAAGAAAAUGAAAUUUCUCUUUAUUUUAACCACACUGUGCCCCUGUUGAAGACGCUCGGUAUCACUGCAGAUGCUGGAAUUGCACUGAGUUUUGGGCAUCAUGGCAACCAAUCAUAUUAUUGCAGAACGCAUGGCAGUGCCCAAAACCAAAAGUUAAGUCAAGAGGUGACUGUGGAGAGGACGAGUCAGGCAGUUACCGUGAAGAGUACUUUCAGACAUUCAUUGAACUACCUGCAUACAAUGGGAGUCCCUGGAAACAACAGUAUCCAGGUCGAGCUUGUUUCCUCUGAAGGAAAGGCGCUGACCAUAAAAUCCCAAUUUGGACAUCAGCAAGCGGGACUGAGACUUGAGAUGAAAUCUUUUCCCAUGACUAAAGAGAUAAUGGGAGUCAUGUGGCACAGUUUCUCAUGGCUCCAGCAAAGAGGAGUGCCACGUAACAUAGAGGGUUUAUGUUCAACUCAAGGACUGUGGUCCCAGCUUCGGUCCAGGACCCAGCUCAGUGUAGAUGGGCACAAGCUCCUUGACUCUGGCAUGAAUGUGAGCACGGCUGAUGGACGCCUGGCUGUGCUUCUCUCCUACAUUCCACCACUUUCAAACGAAACAUGGGAAUAUUUCAGUCUCAACACUGCUGUGACGGCACAGUUUAAAGGUCUUCUAAGGAGCAUCUCAGUACAUGUACAAAAUCAAGAUUGGAGGACUCAUCUGGCUGCAGACGUUGCGGGAUGGGGCGCGCAGGGAGGGCACAAGGAGGCCAGAGUUACUCUCAAACACACCGCAGAGGUAGACCCCAUCCCUGCGUUGCAAGUUGAAGCCUGGGGAAGACUUUCUGGCUCCCAGCUGAAGUGCUCCAUAGCAGUAAACCCAGAACUAACAUCCUCACUUACUCUCAUCAUCCAAGGGCAGCAUCUACCCAGCAGCAAGGACCUGAUAGUGAAGGUGGUCCAGAGUUUUCCCAAGAUGUUGAUCUACUUGCCCUCACAACUCAAUGUCCGCUCGCAGCUUAACCAAUCCCAGUCCAGUGUGGGAGGUUUGCUGGAGGUGUCGUCAGGCAAGAGGCGGCUCUGGACCAUUGGGGAGUUGGCGGUGAUUGACAGUGGUUACAGACAAUCUCUGGAGGUCAAACACUCAUACCCGCAGUUGAAACUACUGCCAAGGACGGUUGCAGUAAAAACGGUGUAUGAAGGCAGGAGCUGGAGUUAUCAAGUGCAGCACGCAGCCGUGUGGGGAAACCAGGAGUUCAGUUUGUCGGGUCUGUACUCUGCACCUCCAGCACUGGAAAGAGGGAAUGAAACUCUAAAGGUUCAAAUCAAGUGCAGUCCUCGCUUGACCAGUUUAGACGUGACACUGGAGAAGUCUUUACUGGGUCGGACGGAUAGAGUUUUACUGGGCUGGAUGAGACACGGCCAAGUGGAGCAGGUCAAAGCUCUGAGCAUAUGGAGUCGAUCCCAGGAGGUGAAUGAGACCAAGUUGGAGCUGAGUCAGUCUUUCUCAUCAUCACUUAGUCAAAUGUGCCUUCAGGCGUACUCACACAGCUCAGAGAGAGAGCAGCGCAGUAUCCAGCAGGCGCACCUGUCUUGGGUCAGUGGAAUGCCGGUCAACGUCUCCUUCAGCCUGAAUAAACAAUGGCAGGUGAACUCCAGCAGAGGGCAGGCUUGUGCUUUGUUGGCCACCCAAAAGAUGGUGGCGUCUCCUGUCAAAGGUUGUGUUUCAGUCAGCCAGGAGGGAAACUUAUACUCACAAAAUGCUGAGCUAAGAUGGGACAACAGGAGCGUCAAGCAGGGCAUGAAAUAUCAGAAAAGUGCACGAGGAAUGCACAGCCUCCAUGUGAAUAUCGGCCUUGACCAAGUGUCUCCUGCACCUUGUCCCUCACAUUCACUCUUGACUAAAAUCCAAACCAACCUCAGAGAUCGCUUUGACUACACAGUUUUGCUGGGCCUUUGCCCCCCACAGCCAACUCUGUCAUUGUCGGGAUGCCACAGACUGAACUCAGGAGAGGAGCUGUUUUACGCACAAUCUCGUCUGUCGGUGCCAGGGAAAGCCAACCUUUGCAGUCUCACGCUUGCACUGACCAAUUUAUCAACUGCCCAGACCUCCAACAUGACUCUCUUUACUGAGUCUAGGAUGGGGAACUGGAGCAUGGAGAUGGGAGGCAGUGCUUUAUCAUGGCCUCAGGGCUUUGGUCUUCUUGUGCAAGCUCGACUCGACCACAGAGAGGAGAUGUGGCUGAAUAACACAAUAGAGGGAAGAUGUCUCCAGACAACAACAGGUUAUAAAUACGGUUCUGGCCUGAGCGAAGAUGUCUCUCUGGCGGCUUGUUUGGGAACACGUGACAGUUUUAUGGUGGAUGUGCACAAAAGAGAAGGCGGCAGCCAUCCUGAAUCUUUAGGAAGUCUGUAUGCAGGAACAGCCAAUCAGAAGCUGACACUGAGAGCAAGUGGCUGUCUGCAGGACCUUACUGCCGUGGAGGCACAGAUUCAAGCUUUCAGCUCUCAAAUCAGAAACAAGCUCUUGGAAAGAAUCAAAACCAUCAAGUAUAUUCUUACUGAUUUCCGACAGCAGUCCAGAGGCAGCAAGUUUCUCCAGGAUCUGAGUGCGAUGUCUCUGCGUGUUACCCAGCAAGGAGAGUUCCUGUUGGGACACCGAGGCUGGAGUGUGCUGCCUGUGUGGCACAGCAGCUCUUUCCGACACGUCGUAACCACAAGCUUGCCUCGCUUUCUCAACCUGCUGCAACAGGCCUCAAUGCUGGGACAGCUUGAGUUGAAGAGGCCCCUCGCCACUCUUGCAGGUGUAUACCAGGAUGUGAAAGGCCAGCAGCUGCAGACUCUGUGGAGGGAAGCUGUAGUUUUGUGGACUGACCGACUACUAGAGAUCUGCCCUGCUCUGCUGCAUGGGAGUCCUCAGCUAAGACCACUAGCUCAAGCCAGCAUCUCUACAAUCAGCCACGCCGUGGAUUUAGCUGGCCCAUACACGUACCACUGGGCAGAAAGCAGGUUGGCAGUGGCGCUGUCUGGAGUCAGGAAGCAGCUGGCUUCAGUCUACAAAUUAUCCCCCAGCGAGUGUUCAGUUGAAGUGUCUGUGCCGCUGCCCACCCUCCACUGGACACGUGUGCCUCGGGUCGGUCUGGUAGGGAUCCUUUUAGAAGAGUUCCUGCUGCGGCCCUUGCAAAGCCUCACCUCUGUCAGACCCACGGCUGAACUUUAUCGCCUCAAAAGGAAAAUCAUGGAUAGUCCCUUUCUUCACCAAGCUCUGCUGGUGGCGGAUCAGUUUGUGGUGACAUUUGAUGGCCAUCUUUAUGAACUACCAAGCUCGUGCCCACUUCUCCUGGCCCAAGAUGUCAGUGCUGACCCCUCAUUUACGCUUCUGCUCAAUCCACACCCACACUACCUCCUCUUGCUCGGCAUAAACAACAGCACCGUCGGCAUCCAGCGUAAUGGACAGGUGACGGUUGAUUGCAACAACACAGUGGCACACACAUGGCACGGUCAUGGUGGUGUCACCGUCCGAAGGGCAUCGCGCAUUGUGCAGGUGUCCAAUCACAAUGGAGUGUCGGUUUCAUGUGACCUGAGACACGAAUUGUGUAGCUUGACUCUUGAUGGAUGGUUUCAUGGCCUGUCAACUGGCUUGCUGGGGACCAAUGACAACGAAGCAGGAAACGACUCACCUUUGCCUGAAGGUUCUCAAACUGGGAACCUGGAGGAGUUUAUCUACAGCUGGCAAAUAAGCUCGGAGUGUGCAGCGUCUACAGCCAAAGCAGAAGACGCUUCCCAGGCAGCCACGAGGGGAGUGACAUGUGACUUUUUGUUCUCUUCUGCGGAUUCUCCUCUGAGCUCCUGUUUCAGGGUUGUGGACCCCGGUCGAUUCUCUUUGGUUUGCAAGUCAAGCUCCUCCGCAGCCCCCUGCCGAUUAGCAGCUGCCUUUGUUCAUCUGUGCCAACGCAACUACAUCCCAUUGGAGGUCCCUGUCCAGUGCUGCUGAAGAUGGGUGACUUUAUGAGGAGAACCAUGACAGAGGAGCUUCUCCGACGUAAGACAUCACUUACAUUUUCUCUGUUAAUCACAAGAAUUAUUAGUUACGAUCAAGAUGAUCUGUCACUGACUUUAGUGUGCAUUGAUUAAAUUCACGCCAUUUUGUUUGCCACCUAAUUGGUUCCUUGAAAAAUGGAUGUAAUUGUGUAUUUUGGACUUGUGUCGCUGCGUGACGCACUCUGUGAUUCAGACAAUGUUGCCAAUGUCCUGCUCCUUCAGUUUGACGUAUAAAUAAAAGACUCCAAAGUGGAACUGCUGCAGGAAAGCAAGUGUGUUCAGCUUCACUUGAGGGGGUAAAAAAGCAUAAUAGAUGUUUGUGUGUAUUGCAUUAUGCUUUGGUUUGUUAUAAAAAAUAACAAAUACAUAUUUUGUGACCGGCUGUGUCAAAUAUGAUACAAACUGAAAAUCUUAUAUGGAAAUUGAUUUUUGUAAAGAAAAAAAAGUUGUUCAGAAGAACCAAUUAAA